AUGGUCGCGAUAGGAAAACAGCGCGAGGAGAAUGUUGCCGAGCCCGUGCUGGCAAACCUGCUGGCCGAUGACAGAACGCCGUGGUACAAAAAGCCGAACCUGAGACGACUCUACUUCAUCUUGUUUCCGGCGUGUAUGGGCAUCGAAAUUACCUCGGGAUUCGACUCGCAGAUCAUUAACACCGUCCAGAUUGUGUAUACCUGGAACAAGUAUUUUGGUCAUCCAACGGGGAAGAUCGUGGAUGGGAACCCACAGUAUGCGAUCGAAGCCAACCUCAAGGGCUUUCUGGGCUCUGCAUACUCCCUCGGAGCUAUUCUCUCCCUUCCUUUUGUCCCGUACCUUAACCAGCGAAUCGGACGACGAUGGACGAUCAUGUUUGGCUCAUGCGUGAGCUUGAUCGGAGCCCUCAUUCAAGGUUUCUCAAACGGAGUGGCCAUGUACGUUAUUGCGCGUAUCAUUCUUGGAUUCGGAAUCCCAUUCUGCAUCGUCGCAGGAUCAUCUUUGCUUGGAGAACUCGGUUACCCGAAGGAACGACCAAUUCUCACCUCGCUUUUCAACUCCUCCUACUUCAUCGGCCAGAUCAUUGCAGCAUCUGUGGGCCUGGGGACGGUAACCAUAACGUCCAACUGGGCAUGGCGAAUCCCCUCGCUGCUUCAGAUUGCGCCCGCCAUGAUCCAAAUCGCGACGGUGAUGUUCCUCCCGGAAAGUCCCAGAUACCUUGUCAGCAAAGACCGCUACGAUGAGGCCUUCGAUAUCCUCACCAAGUACCACGCAGAGGGUGACCGCAACUCGGUUGUCGUCAAGGCCGAACUGGCGCAGAUCGAACGCACCAUCAAGAUGGAGCUCGAGGAAUCAAAGCAGUCCUGGUGGGACAUGUUUCGCACGGCUGGUAUGCGUCGUCGACUGUUCAUAUCCGCUUUCCUCGGCCUAUUCACGCAAUGGUCCGGCAACACGCUCAUUUCCUACUAUCUGAGCGACCUCCUCAACUUGGUCGGAAUCACCGACAGUGUGACCAAGUCAAAAAUUAACAUCGGCAUCGCCUGCUGGGGUCUCGUAAGCGGUACUGCGCUGGCACUGACAGCGCCACGCUUCAAACGUCGCCCGAUGUACCUCACUUGCGCAUGCUGCCUGCUGUGUGUGUACAUUGCAUGGACCAUCUCCAUGGAGCGGUUCAUAAGCACAAAGGCUCAAUCCGCAGCCAUCUUAACCAUCUUUUUUAUCUUCGCCUACUCACCAGCCUACAACCUCGGCUAUAACGCCCUAACCUAUACGUAUUUAAUCGAACUGUUCCCGUACAUGGGCCGCUCACGCGGUCUCUCCUGGUUCCAGUUCUACGGCCGCGGCGCAGGCUUCUUCGCCACUUACGUGAACCCGAUCGGUCUGGAGCGUAUUGCCUGGAAGUGGCUUCUGGUGUACUGCUGCUGGCUGGCUUUUGAGCUGGUGUUUAUCUACUUCUUCUUCCCUGAGACCUCGGGCCGCACUCUUGAAGAGCUGUCGUUCAUGUUCGAGGAUAAGGCCAAAGCCAAUGAGGUCGCCGCAGCUGUUCACAAACAGCUUGUGUCAUAA